AACUCGUAAGAACCACAUUGAUUCCCUGUAGAAUACGACUUUAGAUAGUUAGCUAGGUAUGCAAGCCGUCGACGCAAUAGCUAAAGGUUAGGGAUAUAUACGACAAAUCGGAUCUAUAAUCAAUCUCUGAUAUUUGAACCGAUAUUGUCUCAUACUACUGACGUGUAUCGAUGAUGAUCAGCGGCUGACGAGUCUAACUGUAUCCCAGGUAACUUUCUUCGAUCAUAAUGCCUCUUCAUGGUAAAAUUGUUGUUAUCAAAAGGAGUGGAGGAGAUGGGACAGAAUUUCCUCUUACUGCGGCCUGUCUAUUUGGAAGGAAACCUGAUUGUGAUAUUCGCAUUCAGCUUCCCCAAGUUUCCAAGGAACACUGCAAAAUUGACCUGAAUGAAAAUAAAGAGGUCAUCUUAACAAAUUUGAGCUCAGUGAAUCCAACCCGCGUCAAUGGGGAGGUACUGCAGCAGUCUGAACGCUUGAAACAUGGGGAUCUAAUCACAAUUCUUGAUCGUUCUUUCAGAUUUGAGUACCCUCCAGCACCGACCCCAAAGAAGAGGAGAUCAACUACUGUCAACAAAAGUGAAACCCUUCAGGUCUUGCAGGAUCAGCAAGUGACAAGCACCUUUUUGUCUGAGGCAAAUAAGAAGUCUGAUUUGAACUCAGACAUCUGCUUAAAAGAUGGAACCAACAUUGUCAAGUUGCAGCAAUCAGACAAAUCCUCUGUGUUGGAACCAAAAGAAGAUGAAAGACUUGACCAGAAAAACACAAAUUCUCCCUUCUGUGAGCUCUAUGAAAUGGUCAAACAAAGCCUUGACUCCAAGACUCAACGGAUGACAUCCGAAAGUCAACCUCAAACCCCGGCUUCAAGGUUCUGCACAGCAAAACCAGUUUCACCUAGUAAAGUGGAGAGGUUUGUAAUUCCCACAGAAGACAAAAACAUAGUCAAGACAUCUGAAGUUGAGGAAGGAAUGAAGAGUGAAAUGACUGUCGUGCCCGUUUGCCAGCCCAGGCUUGAGGGUACUUCCACUUCUGAGAUUGUGCAAGUGAUUGAGGAGACAAGGCCCAUGGAAGAGGCUAUGGUGACAAGGCCAAUCCAGGGAACUCCGAAAAAUAAAAGGCACACUUCGCUUCCCCAAACGCCCAUCACCGAUGGAGAAAACACCACUCCAAGUUUCCAGGUUACUCCCCUGAAACGUACUGCCUGUGAGGUGGUUGAGAGUCUUACCGUGCAAAAUACCCCAACAAGGAGGAAGAGUAAACAGUCAGAUUCUAGAGCUGAAGAGCCUAAACUUCCAACUGAUUCUGUAAUCUUAAGUGAUGAGCAAACCAAGGUACCUGCAGAGUCUCAACCCAGUACUCCAAAGGCAGGGCCUUCUCGUUCUCCAAGGACCUCACCAAGGACUGCAGAGAAGAAACUUAAAGCCCAAGAUAUUCUUCAGACUGUCCCUAUCAGCUGUAAACGGCCAGUGAAGAAACGUAAGAGUGGUGAACUGGAGGCACUAUUGCCCGUACCAGAGGGGAAGAGAAAGAGAGUGUCCUUUGGAUCUCAGUUGAGCCCGGAGCUGUUUGAUAAACGACUGCCCCCUGACUCUCCGCUCCGAAAAGGGGCGACGCCUUCAAGACGAAGCUUGUCUGUGGCCAAAAACAAACAGUCACUCCUUAGAAGAGCUUCUGUCAUUGGCCUGAUAAAGGAACAUCCAAGCCCUAAAGCCAAAGCAAGCCCUGGUAAGAAGGCGUCUCCCAAACGCUCAGUUUCAUCUACCAAGACUCCUUCACCUGCCAAGAGGUCACCCAAGGCUAAAGUCAUUUCACCUGCAAAAGCAAAAACUCCAUCCCCCAGUAAAGACAAGUCCCCCAAAAAGAAGACAAAGACUCCCUCUCCUGGUAGCAAGUCUCCAUCCAAAGAAGUCUCUCAGACACCAAAAGUACAGAAAACCCCCAAGUCUUCAUCCCCUGCCCAGAGUAGGAAAACCCCCACAGCCAAACGUAGGUCCUCUUUGGCAGUAUCCCCCUCCGACCCUCAAACAGCUAGUGAGGUGACUGGGACACCAGCCAAGACCCCGAUGAGCUCAGCAAAACAUCAGACGCCUACCGUGCAAGGCCGUUUCUCAGUCUCACGCAUAAGCACCCCAUCACCUGUUGCGGAACACGAUUCUGUUCCACAGUCGUCUGCCACUGCAACUCCAAAAGUCCGACGCAAGAGCAUGAAGUCUGCCAAGAAAACUGCAUUGAGGGGGGUUCUGGAAGUCAUGCGCAAUCGGAGAAGCGGAGUUUCUCGGGCGUCUUUAAAAGCUGUGAAUUCCUGGGCUGAUAUUGUGAAGUUUGGUCAGACCAAGUCUCAAACGCUUAUCUCAAACAAGAAAACUACCACCAAAAGGAAGACAACCAAGAAAUCAGUUGUUCCGAAACCUAAGACCCCGGCAAGAAAACUCAAGGAGCAUGCAAGCACAGGCCAUGCAGAUUCACCCAUGACAAUUGUUGUUGGGAAAGCACAUAAGAUUAGGGCCGUGGACCCAGCUGUAGGUGCUCCCAAGCUUGUCCACAACAUUGCCCUGCUCCCUAAGAACAUGAAGAUGGACGAGGAUUUGACUGGAGUUGCAGAAAUAUUCAGCACCCCAGCGUGUUCAAAGCAGAAUAAAUCAGUUUCCAACGCCCAGAGUGACAUCAAGACCCCGCUACAGAUUCAGUCAAUGUCUCUGAUCGAAACAUCAGUGAUGAAUACCCCAGAGGAAACUGGCGAGAUGGUGGUGUCUCCACUGAGUGUCAUUUUAACAGCAAAGCAAGGAAAAUACAACAGUGAUGCUGUCAGUCGGCUUCUCCAGGGUAAUGAAGAAUCUAGCUUCAUCACCGAGGUUGCUGCACAGGAGGACGACGAAGAAGUCUCCCAUUCUGUUGAUGCCUUGGAAAUAUCCUCUGAAGAGCAACUGCAGGAGUCCAAGAUUGAGAUGUCAACUCCCAAGCAGAAACCUGAACAACCUGACUGUUUUACUGGAGUGAAGAGGAUGAUGACAACACCCAAACAGAAGACGGAACCAGUGGAAGAUCUCCGAGGGAAGCUGCUGAAGACUCCAAGAGCACCCAAGGUUUCUGAAGUUGUGUUUGAUGGUGUCAAGGAGCUCCUGGAAACCCCCAAACCUGUUCCAGUCUUGGAUGAAGCACCAGACCCCUCCCUGCUGGUUUGUGCAACAGGAAUUAAGAGAAAAACGAAGACUCCAAAGGAGAAGGGCGUCCCUGUAGAAGACAUGGUUGGUGUUAAGAGGAUAAUGAAAACUCCCAAAGUCAAGGGCGAAAUGGUUGAGAAGAACUUUGGCAUCGAAAGACUAAUCAAGACUCCCAGGCAAAAGGAAAGUGAAGCAGUGGCAGACUUUGAAGGGCUGCAACAACUGAUGCAGGAGCCGGCUCAAGAUGAAACCAUCUCUCCAGAUUUGGCCACAGAGCAACCACAAGAGGUUUGUCAGGACUCCACGGAGGAUGCCUCUGAAUCAUCAGGUGACAUGCAGAUUGUCUCUCAAACUGAUGAAGUAGAGAUGGAGGAGAAGGAUUUGGCAACGCUGGAACCACAAGUUCUGAAACCUGAAGAGCACACAGAAGAUGCGUCUGUCCUAUCAGACGGCGUGCAUAUCGUUUCACCAACGGUGGCUGUAGAGCUACCUCAACUAGAAAUUACAAAAGGAACAGAUUUGGCAACAGAACAACCGCAUGUGAUUUGUGAAGAGCACACAGAGGUGUCUGUACCAUUAGACGACACGCAGAUUGUGUCCCAGAGAGAUGCUGUGGAGACACCUCAACCAGAGGCCACAGAUGAGAAGGUAGAGGCAACCAACAUCUCUACCCCACUGAAGAAAACUCAAGAGCCAGAACCGGCCGACAAAGACCAACACGAGAUGACGUUAGUAAGGGAGAGCUCAAAGACCACUGCUCCUGAUGUUCCUGUAAGAGGUCGAGGGAGAAAGAAAACAGAGGAGAUUGUGCACACAUCUGUCCGACAAUCUGGAAGAAACAGAGUGGCACAAACUGCAAAUGAAGGCACGGAAGCCCCAGUGGAAGAUUUGGCUGUAGUGGAGAAACCGAUCCCAGAUAUGGCUCCUGCAUCAAAGCCCAAGAGAGGAAGAAAAGCCAAACAGGAUGCUGUGGAGGAGGCUGAAACUCUGCAAAACACUGAUGCUGUCAGCAAUGAAAUCACUGAAACAGAAAUUGCUACAAGCCAGGAUCCAAUCUGUGAUAUUGCUUUGGAGAAACCAAGAAGAGGAAAGAAGCCAAAACAAAGUUCUGCUGAACCAUCCGUAGCAGUCGUGGUCCCAAGAGCUAGAAGGGGAAAGAUGAUUAAACAGGAGUCUGCUGUUAAAGAAGUUGAAACUGUUGAAGUUCUACAGACGGAAAGCUUGGAGACGGUAAAGUUAUCUGUUCCUGUUGAAAAACCAAGGAGAGGAAGAAAGGUUAAACAAGAUUCUGUCGAACAAGCUGACAUUGUUGAUGUUAUACAGAAGGAAAGCUUGGAGGCCAUAGAGCCAUCUGUUCCUGUUGAAAAACCAAGGAGAGGAAAGAAGGGUAAACAAGAGUCUGUUGAACAAGCUGCAACUGUAGAAGAGAGUGCAGUAGAUAUUCCUGUCACUGAGGAGGAGGAAGUCAAAGUCCCUGCUUCAAAACCCAAGAGAGCAAGGAAGACCAAGCAGGAUUCUGUUGAACAAGUGAACGAGUCCUGCUCUGAAGCUGCCAGUGCUGAAACCUUGGUGUGCCAGGAGCAAACCAUCAUGGCUGCUGAGAAACCCAAAAGAGGAGGAAGAAGGCUCAAACAGGAUGCAGUGGAGCAGGUGCCUGCUGUUGAGACGGCCAGUGUGGUGGAGCCUGUUGAAAAUGAGGUCCAGGAGCAGGCUGCUGUGAUUCUCGCCAAACCUAAAAGAGGAGGACGCAAGACCAAGCAGGAUGUUGAGGUGGAGGCUGCUCCGGCACCUACAGACAAACCGGACAAAACAAGCGUCGCCCCCGCGGAGAAACCUAAAAGAGGACGCAGAACUAAGCAGGAGGUCCUGACUCAAGAGGAGAAGGUUGAUGCUGAACCAAGUGUUGAGACCGAGGCACUGGAAGAGGUAGACGUCCCUGUGACUAAACCAGGCCGGGGAAGAAAAGUAACUGCUAUUGUUAAAGAAGAGAUUGCCCCUCCAUCUUCUGCCAAGAAAGCACGCAGAGGAGCAACUGUCGUCGCUGUUGAAGUUGCUUCAGAAGCAGCUGUGCCUGUCACCAAGUCAACCACAAGAGGUAGAGGCAUUAAAAUGAGUAAAGAUGUGUCAGUUAUCACAGCUGAGAUCCAACCAGAGCCGAUCAAAAGGGGCAGGAGAGGUGCCAAAUCUGCAGAUGCUGUCCCAGACAAAGCCACCAGCGCUGAGGAGAUUCCUGUAGAUGAGAAAAUGGCAGUCACUGAGGUUGAAGUCAAAAAAGGAAAAGGGAGACUCUCUAAGAAGGUCAAGGAUGCUGGAACAGUCCAAGCAGAUCAAACAGAGGUUACUCAGGAAUCAGAUGUUGAGAACACAAGAAAGCCUUCAAAGUCAGUCAACUGGAAAGCUCAACUGGAAAUGACACAGGAAAUUCAAAACGUGACACCUGUUCCUGCAAGGGCAUCACGGGGAAGAAGGGCCAAAAUCGAGGAGGAGCCCUCUGCUGCGGAGUCCACUCCCGUUAAGGUUGGCAGCAAAAGGAAAUCACUGAAGACUUUGGAGAAAGCAGAAGAGUCAGAGCUCUCAGAUCCUGUUCCAACAGGGCCUGUCAAGAGGGCCAGGCGGGGAGCCAAGUCUACUGAUGCCACCCCCCUGACUGACAUCACUGGAGCCACUGUGGAAGUCACAAAUGCCAGCACCUCAGAAGCCCCAGAGGGCCCACCUGCUAAAGGAAAGGGCAGGGUGUCUAAAAAAGGAAAAACCCUGUCAGUGGACACUGAGAAAAACGAAGAGGAGGAGAAAUCCAAACCUCGGAGAGGAAGAGCAGGAAAACUGUAGAAACUAGAUGUUUUAUUUUUCUUCUCCACGGCUUAAAAUAGCGUGACGUAACAUUGUUAUUAGAGGGUGUGCUGGUAUUUUAGUUUGUAGACUGAAAGUCUUAAUUUGUGUAUUUAGUGAUAAACCUUUUAUUUGUAUCAGUUCUAUACCUUACAGUGAUGGACAAAAAAAAAACAUUCAUAUUAAAGAUUUUAUAAUGAAA